ACCCCAAAACUAAUAAGAAUUUUAUAGGAACAACACAAAGCAAUACUGAAUUGUUAGAAUCCAACGCACUUGAGAUGAAUAACCCAACAUUCAUCAAUCCUUAUGAAAGUAGCCUCAUAAAAGCUCUUCAAACUGCGGGCCUAAAUCAUUCACAUCCACCAAUGUCAGUAAUUGCAGAAGCUCCUGGUUAUCUCCAGGUUUUUUCUGAUGGUUCUGUGAAACGUUUUACCCCUGAGAUAGUUUUUGCCUCACCAGAACCAUCACCUGGAGGAUUCAAGUCCAAAGAUGUCAUAAUUGACCCAUCAAAACCCAUAACUGGAAGGAUAUUCCUCCCUCAUAGUACUGACUCAGGCAAUCUGCUUCCGGUUAUGGUUUAUUUUCAUGGAGGUGGCUUCUGCAUUGGCUCCACCACAUGGCUUGGCUACCAUUGUUUCCUAGGAGGCUUCUCUGUGGCAUCCCAAUCCAUUGUCCUCUCCAUUGACUACCGUUUGGCACCUGAGAAUCGCCUCCCAAUAGCUUACGAGGACUGUUAUAGCUCACUUGAAUGGCUAAGUCACCAAGUGGGAAAUGAAUCUUUUCUCCGGGAAGCUGAUCUUUCUCGGGUGUUUCUCUCCGGAGACAGUGCUGGAGGGAACAUUGUGCAUCAAGUUGCUAUUAAAGCAAUGAGGGACAGAGCCUUGAGGCUUAAGAUUAAACGAUUAUUACCUAUACAUCCUUACUUUGGCAGUGAGGAAAGGACUGAAAGAGAGAAGGCUGAUCAGGCAGCAAGUGAUGUUGCUUCUAAUGACAUGUUCUGGAGACUUAGUAUCCCUGAAGGGUUUAAUCGGGAUUACUAUGGUUGUAACUUUGAGAUACAGAAGGUGUCUGAAGCCGAAUGGAAAGAGUUUCCAGCAGUGGAGGUUUAUGUUGCUGGCCAGGAUUUCUUGAAGGAAAGGGGAGUGAUGUAUGCAGGGUUUUUAAAGAGGAAAGGAGUGAAAAAGGUGAAACUUGUUGAGGCUGAGGGUGAGUCUCACGUGUUUCAUGUCUUUUACCCAGAAUCUGAGGCAACUCUUUUGCUACAACAGCAGAUGAGUGAGUUCAUGAAAAGUUGUUAGCAUCUAAGCAUGGUACCACGGACAUCAUAUUCAUGCUACUAGUUAAAGAUAUCUAAUAUAUAUGAAUUUAGCAAAAUUUUCACUAUAAAAACCCCAAUAAAAUUCAAAUCCAAUU